AUGGCACCCGUCUCCUCCCUCCCCCCGGCGCCAGAUGCUGCCGCUGACGGCCUCAUGAUCAAAGCUCAGCGCUUCUUCGAGGAGAACCAGAAGGCGAUCCUGAUCGGCUGUGGUGUCGCUGUCGCGGCCGGUGCCGGCUACUACCUCUACUCGAGCCAGGCUAAGGCUGGUGGUGCCGCACCGGGUCCCUCGAGCUCGUCCUCAAGCUCUACUUCGACGCAGGCGCCGGCCAGCGAGAAGAGCACGACCUCGAAGAACAAGAAGAAGAAGAAGAGCAAAAAGUCCAAGUUUAUCGAGGGCGACGGCACCGAUGGCCCACUGCUCGAGGAGAUCAAGCCCAAGCCGGCUGACAAGGCUGUCGAGGACCCAUUUGAGGGUGUUCCCGAUGCCGCUGGCAUCGAGGCCAUGAGCGAGGCGGACCGCAACGCGCUCGGCAAGACGCUCAAGGACCGGGGCAACAAGCUGUACUCGAAGAAGGACUUUAAGAAGGCGGUCGAGUGCUACACCAAGGCCAUCGAGGUGUCGGUGCAGCCUGACGCCGUGUUCUACUCGAACCGCGCUGCGUGCUACGUCAACUAUUCGCCGCCCGAGUACGAGCUCUGCGUACGGGACUGCGACGAGGCGCUGACGCUCGACCGCACCUACGUCAAGGCCCUCAAGCGGAGGGCAACUGCUCUUGAGCGUCUGGACCGUGACGAGGAGGCUGUUCGGGAUUUCACCGCUUGCACGAUUAUCGAGCGCUUCCAGGACGAGGCGGCGGCGGCGGCCGUCGAGAGGUGUUUGAAGAAGCUGGCGGCGCGCAAGGCCAAGGAUAUUCUUGCGUCGCGCGAGACCAAGCUCCCCUCGCCCACCUUUAUCUCGUCGUACCUCGCUGCGUUCCGCCCCCACCCCAAGCCCACGCUGCCCGAGAACCCCCACCAGGGCGACAAGACGCUCGACCUCGCGUUCGAUGCGCUCGACGCGGCCGACUAUGCUCACACCGUGACGCUUGCCAACGAGGCGAUCGACCAGGGCAUCAGCACUAAGAAGGGCCAGGCUGAGGCGUACAACCUGCGCGGCACCUUCAAGUUCCUCAUUGGCGACAGCGCCGGGGCCAAGACUGACCUGGAGAAGUCGCUCGAGAUCGACCCGGCCUUUGUGCAGAGCUGGGUCAAGAUUGCUAGCGUGCACAUGGAGCUCGGAGACGCGCUCUCUGCGUUUGCCGACUUUGAGACGGCCAUCCGCAACGACCCAACCGAUGCCGACAUCUACUACCACCGUGGCCAGGUGUUCUUCAUCAUGGGCGAGCACGACAAGGCCAUUGCCGACUACAACAAGAGCAUUGAGCUCGACGACGACUUUAUCUUUACCCACGUCCAGGCCGCCGUUGCGCAGUACAAGCAGGGUGAGGUUGCCAAGAGCAUGGCUGCGUUCCGCAAGAUUCUCCGUCAGUUCCCCGACCGCGGCGAGCCGUCCAACUACUACGGUGAGAUUCUGCUCGACCAGCAAAAGUACUCUGAGAGUGUGGAGCGAUUCGAGCGCAGCAUCGAGCUUGACAAGGACAAGAAGCCUCGCAACGUUUUGCCUUACGUCAACAAGGCGCUCGCCCUCUUCCAGUGGAAGCAGGACAUUGGUGCCGCCGAGGCUCUGUGCAAGGAAGCUCUCGAGAUUGACGGCGACUGCGACGUGGCUGUGGCGACGCUCGCCCAGCUCAGCCUGCAGCAGGGCAAGAUUGACGAGGCGAUCAAGUGGUUUGAGAAGAGCGGCCAGCUCGCGCGUACCGAGGGCGAGCUCGUCAAUGCCAUCACUUACGAGCACGCAAGCCGCGCCCAGGCGGCGUUCCUCAACAACUUCCCCGACUACGCUGAGCGGCUCGGCCAGAUCGCCCAGGGUAUCUAA